AGCGGGGAGUCCCGGCGCGGCCGCGGGAGCCCCCGGGCGGCGGCGCCUCACGACGCCGACGGUGGCGGCGGGGGGGGAGCCGUUGGCGCGGCCGUUGGCGCGGCGGGGGGGUUAGCGCGGUGCGUCCCCUCCCCCGCCUGCCGCUUUCCCCCGCCCCUGUGAGCCCCGCUCGCGGACCAUGGCCGACGACGACGUGCUGUUCGAGGACGUGUACGAGCUGUGCGAGGUGAUCGGCAAGGGUCCAUUCAGCGUUGUGCGGCGAUGUAUCAACAGGGAAACAGGGCAACAGUUUGCCGUAAAGAUUGUCGAUGUAGCAAAAUUUACUUCAAGUCCUGGAUUAAGCACAGAAGAUCUGAAGAGGGAAGCCAGUAUUUGUCACAUGCUGAAGCAUCCUCAUAUUGUUGAACUCUUGGAGACAUACAGCUCAGAUGGAAUGCUUUAUAUGGUUUUCGAGUUUAUGGAUGGAGCAGAUCUGUGUUUUGAAAUUGUGAAGAGAGCAGAUGCUGGAUUUGUGUACAGCGAGGCUGUAGCCAGUCAUUACAUGAGACAGAUAUUGGAAGCUCUACGUUACUGUCAUGAUAAUAAUAUAAUUCACAGGGAUGUGAAGCCACACUGUGUACUGCUUGCCUCAAAAGAAAAUUCGGCCCCAGUAAAGCUUGGUGGCUUCGGGGUAGCAAUUCAAUUAGGAGAGUCUGGGCUAGUUGCUGGAGGACGUGUAGGAACACCUCAUUUUAUGGCCCCAGAAGUGGUGAAAAGGGAACCUUAUGGGAAGCCUGUAGAUGUUUGGGGUUGUGGUGUGAUCCUUUUUAUCCUGCUAAGCGGUUGUUUGCCUUUUUAUGGAACCAAGGAAAGAUUAUUUGAAGGCAUUAUUAAAGGAAAAUACAAGAUGAAUCCUAGGCAGUGGAGCCAUAUUUCUGAAAGUGCCAAAGAUCUGGUACGCCGCAUGCUUAUGCUGGAUCCAGCAGAAAGGAUAACAGUAUAUGAAGCACUGAAUCAUCCCUGGUUAAAGGAGAGAGAUCGCUAUGCAUACAAGAUUCAUCUUCCAGAAACAGUAGAACAAUUGAGAAAAUUCAAUGCAAGACGAAAACUAAAGGGGGCAGUACUAGCAGCAGUGUCAAGCCACAAAUUCAAUUCCUUCUAUGGUGACCCCCCUGAAGAGCUGCCAGACUUCUCUGAAGAUCCUACCUCCUCAGGAGCAGUCUCACAGGUGCUUGACAGCCUGGAGGAAAUUCAUGCACUUACAGAUUGCAGCGAAAAAGACUUAGAUUUUCUUCACAGUGUUUUCCAGGAUCAGCAUCUUCACACGCUACUAGAUCUUUAUGACAAAAUAAAUACAAAAUCUUCACCACAAAUCAGGAAUCCUCCAAGUGAUGCUGUACAGAGAGCCAAAGAGGUAUUGGAAGAAAUUUCAUGUUACCCAGAGAACAAUGAUGCAAAGGAGCUAAAGCGUAUUUUAACACAACCUCAUUUCAUGGCCUUACUUCAAACUCAUGAUGUAGUGGCACAUGAAGUUUACAGUGAUGAAGCGCUGAGAGUUACACCUCCUCCCACCUCUCCAUACUUAAACGGAGAUUCUCCAGAAAGCGCCAACGGUGACAUGGAUAUGGAGAAUGUAACACGAGUUCGACUGGUGCAGUUCCAGAAGAACACAGAUGAACCAAUGGGAAUCACUUUAAAAAUGAAUGAGCUGAACCAUUGCAUUGUGGCAAGAAUUAUGCACGGAGGAAUGAUUCACCGGCAAGGUACGCUACAUGUAGGUGAUGAAAUACGAGAAAUAAAUGGAAUCAGUGUGGCAAAUCAGACUGUAGAACAACUGCAAAAAAUGCUUAGGGAAAUGCGUGGAAGUAUCACCUUUAAGAUUGUGCCAAGUUAUCGCACGCAAUCUUCAUCCUGUGAGAGAGAUUCCCCCUCUACAUCCAGACAGUCCCCAGCUAAUGGCCAUAGCAGCACUAACAAUUCUGUUUCGGACUUGCCAUCGACAACACAACCAAAAGGACGACAGAUAUAUGUCAGAGCACAAUUUGAAUAUGAUCCAGCAAAGGAUGACCUCAUUCCUUGCAAAGAAGCUGGCAUCAGAUUCCGAGUUGGUGAUAUUAUCCAAAUCAUUAGCAAAGAUGAUCACAACUGGUGGCAGGGUAAACUGGAGAACUCCAAAAAUGGUACUGCAGGUCUUAUUCCUUCUCCUGAACUUCAAGAAUGGCGAGUUGCUUGUAUUGCCAUGGAGAAGACCAAACAGGAGCAACAGGCCAGCUGUACUUGGUUUGGAAAGAAAAAAAAGCAGUACAAAGACAAAUAUUUGGCAAAGCACAAUGCAGUGUUUGAUCAAUUAGAUCUCGUCACAUAUGAAGAAGUAGUAAAACUGCCAGCAUUCAAAAGGAAAACACUAGUCUUACUAGGUGCACAUGGUGUUGGAAGACGACACAUAAAAAACACACUCAUCACAAAACACCCGGACAGAUUUGCUUACCCCAUUCCUCACACAACCCGACCUCCAAAGAAAGAUGAAGAAAAUGGAAAAAAUUACUACUUUGUAUCGCAUGACCAGAUGAUGCAGGAUAUAUCAAACAAUGAAUAUUUGGAAUAUGGCAGCCAUGAGGAUGCAAUGUAUGGGACAAAACUGGAAACAAUACGAAAGAUCCAUGAGCAGGGACUAAUUGCAAUACUUGAUGUAGAACCUCAGGCAUUGAAGGUCCUGAGAACUGCAGAGUUUGCUCCUUUUGUUGUUUUUAUUGCUGCACCUACGAUUACCCCAGGCAUUAACGAGGAUGAAUCUCUUCAGCGCCUGCAAAAGGAGUCUGAAAUCUUACAGAGAACGUAUGCACACUACUUUGACCUAACAAUUAUCAACAACGAAAUCGAUGAAACAAUCAGGCACCUGGAGGAAGCCAUUGAGCUCGUCUGUACAGCAUCGCAGUGGGUGCCGGUCUCCUGGGUCUAUUAGGCCGCUCACGAGAGAAUUGAAAAAGCCUGUCAUUACUGGGAACCACCUCAUACAUGGAAAACCUCUACGUUACCGACCUUGUGGCAACAGGUCUUGGCCCCCUAGAGACUACCUAGAUGUAGUGUGACCUAAAUUUAUAAUUAUUGUCAUGUCCUAAUAGAUAGGAGGAGGGAAAAAAAAUUUAAACACUAAUUUAAAGAGACAGUAUCUUUUUUUAAUCAUUUCUCCUAAACUUUAAUAAAGCGUAUCUUUAAAUAUAUGUAUUAUUCAGUCCUUUGGAAUGUUAUAUUUUUUGAAAUCAUAGCUUUUUAUUUCAAGGGCCCCUAAAAACUGCACAAAAUAGAUGCUGCUUUCUAUAAUCUAUUUUAAUAGUAAUAAUAAUAUGAUUCUGUUACCUUAACUUGGGGGUGGAACACUACAUUCUUUUUAGAGUCUGAUUUUAUGGAUUGGAAUACUUUGCUUUCCUUUAUUUAUUUGAAAUAAUUAGUCUAGUGGUUACGAAACAAAUUCAUAAAUUUUAAAGGCCUUUCUUCGCUUUUUUUUUAGGAUAGUAUUUUCAAGUACUUUUGUGUAACAUCCAGAUAAUGUGAUACUGUCUCUUUGAAGAACUCUGUAAAACUUUUAGAAAUUUGAAAUUGGGUCUUGACUCUUAAUGCAUGUGGACAGUCGCAAGCGUUCAUGCCGUUGGUGUAUCUGUGUUGAAAAAAACUGUAAUCUACAGCAAAGUACAUUCCGUUCAUGGGAAAACGUACCCAAGGGAAUAAAGUAAAAUAUUAUUCUGACUAAGUUGUAAACCUAUGCACAUCCCUUGCAUUUUGGGCAACUUUAUAAAAAAGAAAAAAAAUGAUUUUUAUUAAUAAUAAUCAUGUAGUGAAAUGUGUUUGUAAUUUUGUCUCAAUUUAAUUUGUUGUAAGGUGGGAGGGGGCAAUUACUGGUUUCACCAUUUCAGAUCUGUGUUGUCUGAGAGUAUUAACGUUUUAAUUAAGUUUAAGCAAAGAAAUGCUGAUUUUUAAUAUGUAUGUAAUUGUUUAAAAAUGCACACAUUUUAAAAGAAAAUACUGUGCAAUGAAGAAACCAGUUUAGGCAUUGCGAUAAACUGACUAUUCCAAAAGACUCAUCUACAACAGCCCUGUAAAUUCCUUUAAAAUGGUAAUUGACUCUACAGUCUGACCAAUUUUUUUUAUUUUAAAUAUACUUCCUUUUAUGUGUUCAACAA